AGUCGAACAAUUCGGAGGUCAGCAACCGAAAGGGCUUGCUUGGAAUGUCAGAAGAGGAAGACCAAAUGCGUCGCUGCACCAGAAAGCGAUAUUUGUGCAUAUUGCCAAAAGGCCGGCAAGACAUGUGUGUUCGAAGGACCGCACGAGCGCACAUCGUUGACACGGCGGAAUCUUGAUGCGGCUGAAGCGCGUUGUAGAGAAUUGGAGAGGUUACUGCAAGAAGCUCAGGCGACAUCAAGGAGUGAGACCAGACAGAAGGAGGCACCUCAAGAACCGCGUCGCCAACAGAAUCCCGAAGACCCUCCAUCCGGUCCCUACGAAUGGAACGAAGGGCUCGAUGCCAAUGCAAACGAUCCAUUUCCCGAUGGUGAAUAUACGCGUGAUGGCAUGGCUUCUUUAACUCGUCAAGGUAAUGGAUCAGGAUAUCUUGGUACGAACAGUUCUGGUUUCGAGAUAUUACAAUCUGUUUCAUCCUUGCUACCAUCCCAAGUCGCCGUGGUCGAUCGUGGUGCUCCGCUUGACGCCGCGACUUCUCCAGCUCAUCAAGCCUUGACAGGCACACUUGGACACUUAAUGGCUACAAACUCUAUUCAGGAACAGCUCAUUACAGCAUUUUUCCUUGGCUACAACGCUUACUAUCCUAUUCUACAUGAGGGAACGUUUCGUAAGCAGUACGCGGCAAGAAAGCAGAUGUCGUCCAGAUCCACCUGGCAUAUAACUUAUUAUAUGGUCCUUGCCAUAGGAGAGUGGGUGUCGGGGUGUAGCAGUGAGGAGAACUCGAUAUACUACGAAGCGGCUCGCUCACGCAUCAGACCCGAAGUCUUGGAAUCUGGAUCUAUGAACAAUGUGCAGGCCUUUCUCCUUCUCGGCAACUACCUCCAGAAGAGAGACCGGCCCAAUACAGGAUACAACUACAUAGGCAUCGCUUUAAGGAUGGCUCUCGGUCUCGCGCUUCAUCUUGAGCUACCCCAGAGUGCAGGCGUGAAGCCAUUUGACACCCACAGAAGACGUGUCUUAUUCUGGAUUCUCUGCUGUUUCGAUUGCUGGUUCAAUAUCACAACUGGCAGACCGACACUGGUCCCAGACAACUUUGUUGACAUCCGAGUCCCUUCCAACGUCGACGAGUCGGCAUACGAUCCAGCUUCGAGCAGCGUUGCAGAAGUAUCGUACCCAACAACUUCCUCGACCGUCAUCGCAUUAGCGAGACUGACCAAGAUUGCAAAUCGAGUGUUCACGCAGUUCAUGUGUGUUAAUCCUUGCGCGGACAUUGACCAUCAGACUAGCGUGAUGGAGCACAUGAUACAGAACUGGCAUAGCUCGCUUCCCUCAUACUUCUUCCACGCCGAUGUUCCGUCCUGGUUUAUGGGUCCAAGACAGAUCGUUCUAUGGAAAGAGUCCAAUCUACUCAUUCUGCUGCUUCUCUCGAGUCAGCGUCAUCACAAAGACGAGCACGAGAAGCUCUCACUAGGGACAAGGUGUCAGUCUGUAUCAGCCGGUGUGAUCUCAGGCAUCUCAACCUUCUGUCAGACGCAUUCACAAGUCCUCCACUGUGGACUGAGUUGGUAUGCUGUCUACUUCACCCUCCAAGCGACUCUAUCUUACAGCGCUCAAUAUAUCUUCAGAUGUCGUCUAUCUGUGCAGACUCAGGACGAUCUCCAAGACCAUGAAACUAUCAUCGGUCAGGCAUGCCAGUGUCUGCAGAGCUUGAUCAACACUAGUAGUGCAGCCGCCAGAUCCUUCCAGAUCGUACUUCGAUUGCGAGAGAUGCUGAGACAGGCCACAGUAUCACAGGCUUCGAGCGAUGGGGACAAUCUCACAACUUUUCAUGAGCUCGUGCCGAACCACCUUGGAGAGGUGGAACAUCGCAACGAGCUUUCGAUCCAGAUGGCUCAAGGAUUUCAAGAUGGGGUGUUCCAGCCAAGUCCGUCCAAUGCAGGAUCGUACAGUCAGCCCUUUGACAAUCAUGGCAUAGCGGAC